GUUGGCUGGAAUUACAUCGCACAACUUCAAGUCGAUCGGUCGUUCAGUGCGACUCUCUUUGAAGUACAAAGCUAUGCGUUGAUCGUGCUGUUCUGCGUGGGGUCGUCUGCAUCCCACUCGAGCUGGGGCUAUCUUGGCCUCGGUAUCCGUCUUCUACAGCAGCGUGGCAAUCAUUUUCAGAAGCGCGACCCUGAUAACUUGAACGCGGAAUUCGAGUCAUGGAACAGGACGUUUUGGGCAUUCUUUUGGCUUGAUAAUCUUGUCUCGGCCUUCAUCGGUAGACCCAUAGGUCUCCAUCCGGAAAGCUUCGAUGUCGAUCCGCCGCUGGAAGUCGAUGACGAAUACUGGGAUCAGGGCUUCACUCAGCCCGUAGAGAAGCCUUCGUUGCUAUCGUUUCUUGUGCAUUCCGUCCGUCUGACAGCGAUACUUGGCGACACUCUGCGUCGUUUAUACGCGUCCAAGAAGGCUAAGAUCCUUCUCGGAUGGAAAAGUGCAGAGUGGGAACAAAAGGUGGUGGCAGAACUCGACUCGCAGAUCAACGGUUGGUUGGCCUCCCUCCCCUCAUUCUUACGAUGGGAUUCCCAAAAUCCGCCGGAAAGCCAUAGCCUCUUCGUUCAAGCUGCAGUGUUGAAUGCGCACUACCACUAUGUGCAGAUCAUGAUCCACCGACCGUUCAUACAGAAGGACAAUGUGCUGGCGGCACCGUCGUUGUCAAUCUGUGUGAAUGCUGCACACUCUAUGCUCAAUAUUGCAGAUAUUUGGAUCAAAAGGAAGUACAUGAACAUCCCUUCCCUAAAGCUCAACAGCAGUGUUUUCAUCGCUGCGACGGUUCUAGUUCUGCGAAUGUACGGCCAACGGCGGGCCGGUCAGUCUAUAGCCAAGGAUCUGGCUUAUCUUGACAUCGCCUCUCGCUUACUGGAGAUCGGGAAGCAUAGGCAAGGACGGUGGAGCACAACCAUCUCAUGCUGACCGCGAUCCACUCAGGUCCCAGUCGAUCUUACGACUGCAUCAGCUGCUACUCUCGCUUGUGAACGCGGCCUGGGACGACACCGCGUACCGACCUAGUCCCGGGUUCUACCCCCAGGAAGCGGUGGAUCAACAGCGGCCCGAUGAGGGCCCGCUGACUGGUCCGAUUAUUCCUCUCCACGCCGAAGUGCCGGUGGACAUGAGUCUGGACGACGAGUAUAUGUCCUUGUGGAUGUCGGCGCCCGUCAACUUUGUUUCUUCGUGAGUGCGCUUUGUCUCACGCUCUCCGCAUCCUCGUUGAAUCAUGGACGGCUGGGAGAAGCGGCACCGGGCGUUGGGAAGGAUAUGGUACCCAGGAUUAUUAUUGAUUGUUGUGACCACUCGAUAUAGUAAGUUUGUAGCCGCAGUAUAAUUAGCGCUCCCAGUGUAGCUGUAGUAACACCCCCAAUUAUCCAUCCAAUUCCAAAUCUACUGGCAGUUGC